AUGGUGCAGAAUAACCAGCGCGGGCAGCCGGACUUGGUUCGGAGGGUGGCGGGGCAGUACCCACCCUUCUAUGCUGGAGAGGAGGACCCCGCAGUCCUUGAGGAGUGGAUUCGAGCUUUUGACAAGAUCCUCGAGGCAGUAGAGUGCCCACCUGGUCGUCAGGUGGAGAUGGCGAGCUUCUACCUGAAGGAGGAGGCUGAUCUUUGGUGGGUCCACGGCGGCCCGGUGAUGCGCCAGGAGUCCGGUUUCGGGUGGGAGACGUUCAAGGACCGGUUGAGAGCUCGCUUCUACCCGGCCCACGUCAAGGCAGCGAUGCAGGAGGAGUUCUUACACCUUCACCAGGGGACGAGGACCGUACAGGAGUACCACCGACGCUUUCUGGAGUUAGCCCGCUUCGCGCCGACCCUAGCCCCGACCGAGGAGACACGGAUUGAGCGGUUCGUGGCUGGUCUGAACCUGGAGACGCGCAUGGCCUUAGUGGUGUUCAAGUUCCAGACAUUGAGCGAGGCCUAUAGCAGCGCUGCCGACCAUUAUCGAGUGCUGUCUAUCCGGCGAGGGGUUCAGGACCGCUCCAAGCGGCCAGCAGAGGGUGGAGCUCCAGACUCCAAGAGGCACCGACCCGGGGGAUCCGGCAUGAGAAGAAGCUUCCAGCAGGGUGGCUCUAGCCACGGCGGUGGAUCUCGCCCCAGCUUUGGGCAGGGGUCAGGUGGCGAGGGAGUUCGUACCCGGCACUUCCACUGCAGGCGUUGUGGGAGGGACCACCCGGGGCGCGACUGUGAGGGUCAUUUGGUGGAGUGCUUUAGCUGUGGUCUGCGAGGUCAUCGAGCUUACGAGUGCGCAGCCAAGAAAGGAGGUUCAUCCCAAUCCAGACCGAGCACGGCUCAGGGAGCCCAAGCAGUGGCCCGACCAUUCCGAGAGGCUGUGGGUAGCGGGGGUAGCCGGCCAGGUGGAGGCCAAGAUUAG